AUGAAUAAAAGCAGCCUGAAUUCAUCAAAAAUUAAGCAACUCUCUUCAGGUGCUCCUAUUGAGGUUGUUCCUAGUGAGAUCAUCUUUAAAGACAUUUAAAUCAACCAGACAUAUGAAAUAACUGUUUUUGUGAGAAAUUUGACUCAAACAGCUCGUAGGAUAAGGGUUUUUCAACCGCAUUCAAAUUUUAGAUGUGAUUAUGAAAUGCAAGGGGCUAUAGCAGCAGGACUAUCAAUGAAGCUCAUUGUGACAUUCGAAACAGCAAAUCUAGAGAGUUAUUCUGACAGUCUGAAGAUCGUAACUGAUGGUUAGUAUAGCGUCGAUAUUCCAUUACAUGCAUUUCCAGCAUAAGCAGCAAUAAUCUAUGAACCCUUCAUAAACAUGGGGUUCGUUCGAGUGGGGAAAGAGAAGAUGGACAAAAUCCAUUUUAAGAACGAAGGGAAGGCUCCUGGAAAGGUUGAGUUAAGAUUAGAGAAGUUACCAGAUUUUCGGAUAGAUCCCAACUCGUUCACACUGGCUCCAGGUUAAGAAUUCUCAGUUUCCAUCUUCUACAAACCCAAGGACGCAGGAAUCUUUAGAGGCAUAGUGGAAGUGAUUGCUGAUGGCUAGAUGAGUGGAUUGAGUCUCAAGAAUCCAAUAGAUAUCAAUGCGACUUCAAUAGAAUUUACGCGAUUCCUCAUAGAUUAGAGUGGUUCCCAGAAUAAUCAUUUUAAUUUUGGUACGAUCUACUACGGUCAACAAAAGCAAAUUGAGGCUUAUUUGGUGAAUAACACUCCAAAACAACAGAAGUUCAAGGUCAAAUUGAAGAAGGGUUUGCAUGAGCGAGAGGAAACACUGAAGUUAUAAACACCAGCAGAAUUAGGGUUGGAGCAAACGGAGCGUAUUAUGGAAUGCUGGCCAGAAGAAGGAACGAUUGAAUCAUACUCUUAAGCAACUAUUAUCUUUAAAUGCAGACCCAAAGUAAGUGAAGAAUUGCUAAUACGCACAAGACAAUAUGCAAUCAAUUAAGAUAAGAGAAUGGAUCCAGAUGAAUUUCAAUACUCAGCCAUCUUUGACUUUAAUGAUGACGAGCCAUUGAUGAACCAUUUAUCAGUGAAUUGUAUUUGUCCCCAAGUCAAAUUUCCACCCAUACAAGCUUUGCAAUUUGGAUAGUGUGGUGCUAAUCAACAAAAGGACAUGGUUUUCGAGGUCCAAAAUUUAUCUGAGGAAUUGCCAAUACUUAUAGCUUUUCCCAUCAUUCCCUACUUCACUGUGACUCCACCACUUAAGACUUUGAGUUAAUCUGAGAAGGUGAACUUUUGGGUAAGUUUCAGACCUAAACAUAUUGGAUAAUUUGUUAGUAUUUUGAAUGCAGAAUUACUUGGUGGAGUGUUCAAAAUACCGAUAAAGGUGACAGGCACUUGUUAGUAGAUAUUACCAAAACCUUAGUAUAGAAGAGGACCAGAAUGUUAGCCUCAAGAUUUCGAUGUUACAAAGGAUAGAUCCAUCUCUGGGAUUGUUAAGACUUAGACGGAUAAGGUGUAGACUUUUGAUUUGUCUCGUUCAAUGGUUUCUGUGGCUCAACAAAGUUUGGAUAAGAUAGAUGAAUUGAAAUUAACAAACAAAGAAAAGUACAACGAGUAUUUGAAGGGACAUAGAGCCUAGAGGAUUAAGAAAGAGAAGGAGUAGAUGAUUAAAAUAAAGUUCACUCAGAUGACUGAGAAAUUAAAUUCAAUCAAGAAUGAAUCAUUGCUUUUGUAGAAGAAGAAGCAAUAAGCAACUGACGAGGAGAAGCCAGACCCUCCGAUUGAUUAUGAGUUUGUUGUUGGGAUGCAUGAGGAUGGUUAUGAUUAGGAUUUGAAUCUUCCGGAUGCCAAUGAAUCCCUAUUUGUAACAAAACCCAUUUAUCAUUAUGAACCAAUAACUAGAGUCAAGGAGGGUAAUGUGAUCAAACCAUUUGAUCCUGAUCCCAAGACUGUCCCAAAGAAGAAAUUCCCUAAUGAACCUAAGACUCACAGUGAAAUCAGAGAUACCUUAUGCGAGUUAACAGCUGAGUAAUUGCUCAAGGUAAGUGCUGGUCCAGUUAAAAUUGAAUUCGGAAAUAUCUAUGUAAAAUCUCUGGCCACUAAAUAUUUUUAUGUUCGAAAUGAAUUAAGGAAUUCGAUAUCUGUUCGGAUAUAUUCAGACAGGGAAGACUUUGCUUAAUCAUACAUGAAACCUCAAAUCAUCCCAAGUGGACAAACAGCGGGGUUUGAUGUAUGUGUGAAUUCUAGGUAAUUAGGAUAGUUGAAAUCACAUUUGAAAUAUAUCAUCAAUGAGAAACAUGUCUUUGAGAUAUAAGUAUCAGCCACAAUCGAGAAGGUGUUAUUGGAAAUGAGUAGAUAAUAGGUAAGAUUAACCUUCACUGAAGACAAUUCAGAGAUGGAAACUGUUGAAAUUCUGAGAUUAACCAACAAUGGAAAUGCUGAUGCCAAAUUCAAGUGGAUUACAUCAGAUAAAAAAACAUUUUCAGUUAAACCAGAGGAAGGGGUUGUCGCAUUUGGGAAGUAUUUAGAAUGUUAGAUAAUAUAUCGUCCAUCUCUGGCAAAUAAUCAAUAAUAAUAUGCAGUCUAAGCAUCUGGUCAAUAAUAGUAAUAUACUGCAGCCACAACUAGGACAGAGGAGGAAAAAAUUACACUCAAAACGGAAGAAGGAUUAGAUCAAACAGUCAAAUGCAUUGGAGUUGUUACUGAACCAAAAUGCUCAGUCAAGUAAGGCUCAUUAGAUUUCAAAGACGUUGUUGUAUGUAAACCUGAUACUAAAAUAAUCAGUGUAAAGAAUCACUCCAAAUCAACAGCUGUAUUUGCAAUAAAAUCAUAAAUAGAUUGCAUUGAGGUCAUGCCUAUGAAAGGUAGAAUUCAUUCUGAAGAAACUAAAGACAUUCAAGUGAAGUUCUUUAGUAAAGAGGAGAAAACAAUCAAAGGAGAAGUAGUGAUUCAAAUCAGAGGAGGAAAACUACUACUUGUACCAUUCUCAGCUCAAGCAAUCAUACCUAAAAUUGAAAUUGAGUAGGAUCUUUUCGAUUUUGGUAAUGUCACCACUCUAGGCACAAGUAAUCAAAUGCCUUUGACUCUCGUAAAUACAUCCUCUGUGAAUGUGGAAUUAGUUUUGGAUUUGAGAUCCCAAAGUGAUAAUCCUAAGGCUCCUGAUGGAAUCGACUGUUUGGAAUUCAAACCAUAAGAUGAUGAUGACACUAUUAUGCACUCUGUUCAUCCUGAUUAGGAAGAAGAUGAACCCAAAGAAGAGGAUCCAUUGGAUGAUGUAUCAGAGAAAUCAGAACCCAUAGAAGUUGAAUAGAAGAUCUAUCGGUAAUAUAAUAUCUCCAUUGGAGCAGGAAAGACUUAACAAUUUUUGCUUCGUUUCUCCCCUAAAGAAGUUAAACAGUAUUCCUUUGAUAUUCCAUUGACUCUUGCAAGAUUUGAAGAGUUACUUGCAAGGGACUCAGAACCUAAAUUCUUAGUUGAACCUUAGUCCAUCGAAUUCAAGAAGAAAAUUAUUACAUCCCCAGAUAAAUGUUUUCCAACUGUUGAAGAAAUCCGGUUGUCCAAUCCUGAUAAACGAGAUGUCCAAUGGAAGAUCGAUGUAUCCUCAUUGAAAUCUGACAAAAUCUUUUCAAUAGAACCUUCAGAAGGAGUUGUACCCAGUGGCCAACAGUAAAAAAUUAGAGUCAAAUUUAAUCCCUAUGGCCCUGGAUAAUUCAGUGGAGUCGUCCAAUUAUACAUUUUAUCUGAUCCAGAAAUACCACCAACCUUGCCCUAUGUAGAAAUCACAUUAGGUGGCACGGGAGCGUAUCCAAGAUUAUUAUUUGACAAAAAAGAAAUCAUUCUACCAGUUGUCCCAUUGAAUAUUCAAUCAAGGUGUUACUUUAGGAUUAUUAAUGAUGGAUACGAAAACUUGAACCUAAAAUACAAUUGGGCUCAGGAAAUCAGUAAUUUCAAUUUAGAACUCAAAUUUCCUGAAGGGACUACUUUGGGAGUUGCCAAAAGCAAAAUAAGAGUGGAAGUUAUCUUUAGCAAUAAGAAACCUUUGAGUUUCACAACAAGAGUGGAAUUUAUUGAUGAAGCUCGAGUAUAUUCAAUAUACAUUUCUGGAACAACGGACAAUUGUAUAUUUACGAAUCAAACAUUCCUUUGGAGGAUGGGCAGAUAUUAAUUGGAAGUUGAAGAGAGGAAACCAAUACUCUACGUUGAAGAUGAGAAUGUAGAUUCUGACAAUGAGAAGAAUACUAAACAUAAUUUGUCUGUUAGAUCUAGUACUUCAUCUAAAGGCACUGCAAAUUUAGGUUACACUCCUGUCAGAAGAGAUCAGUUUGACUCUGCUUCUGAAUAUAUCAUCAGAUGGCUCAAUUAUCAUGUACUCACAACCAGUAUUACUAUGUAUCCUGAAGAUGUCAUCAAUUCCAAUGGACAACAGAUUUUUGAACUCAUCACUUUUUUGACAGGAAAACAGAACUUUUCGUAUAAAUAAAACAUUGAUCCGAAUUGGAAGAAAUCUUAGAGGGCUGAAGCACUUUAUAAACAAUAUGAUGAAGUGAUCAGAUAACUUAAAAUAGAGGGAGCAUUGCUUAAUCACAUCAGGUCAGAAUACUUGUUGAGUUAUUAAGAUUAUUUAGCAUGGCUCAAAGUUCAACCUCCAAAUAAGUUUGAAAAUGUCCCUGAAAACAUGUUGAGACUCAAUCCUACUAAAUACUAUUAUUUACAAUAAGAUGCAUGGAUUGCCUUAUUUUAUCAAAUAAUCAAGAUCUAUUAUUUAAAUCGUAUCACUGCCAAGGCUUUCAAAGCUCUGCCUGGAAUCCCAACUGCUAAAUUAAAUAUUCCUGAAUACUAUUUGGAGGGAUCCAAUUUGAUUUCGUAAUCAGAAGGUAUACUCCUCUACUUUUAUGAAAUAUGUAAUGAGAUACAAAGUCAAAUGCCCAGACGCAUCAAGAAUUUUGAUUAAGAUUUCAGAGAUUCAACAAUAAUCUCUGAUGCUUUAACCACUUUCAUUGGUCCUUCCAUGAAUAAGUUUUUCAACAAUCUCCGUAAUUCCUGUAAUCAUGAGGAUGAUUAUAAAUACAACACUGAAAAAUUGAUGCCUGCUUUACAAGAUUUCGGUCUUCAAUCUCAUAUAUAACCUACAGACAUAUAUCGUCCGUAAUGUAGAGAAAAUGGUUAUGUUACUAAUUCAAUUGUUCUUCUCAUUACCCUAUUACAUUCCCCAAAAAGAACCUAUAUUCUUCUCUUGUUCAAAAGCAUUGAACUUAAGAAUCCCACUCAAAAACCAAUUAGUUACUGGGUUAAAUAUGAAGGACAUCCAGAUUUUUAAUUAGAGGGGGAUGAGAGUAUCAAAAUUGAACCAGAUGUUCCUUAUCAAUAUAAGAUUAAGUUUACAUCGAGAAUAUCUUAGCCAGUUUCUGGAAGAGUUAUUUUCACCAAUAAAAAGGAGUCAAACAUAUAGGCAGCUGCUUUAGUUUUUGAAUUAAAAUCCAGUAUUACAGGCAGAAAAUCUGAGAAGUAAUGGAAUGUCAGUUCAAUAUUGUACGAAAUCUUUGACUUUCAAAUUUAAAUAACUAAUAAAUUCUUAUAGGACGGUGAAUUUCAAAUAAUCAUAACUCAUGAGAAAAAGUAGAUAGAUUAAUAGAAAAAGAAGGGAAAGACUACUUAAGUGUAAUCAGUAAUUUAAGAGGAGGAAUUCCCAGCAUUCUUUUGUCAGCAAGAGAAGGUUCGUAUUCGCAAGAAUCAAACCAUUAAUCUAACAUUACAAUAUAUUCCAUUAACAAUGGAUACUCAUAAAUGUUAAAUAGUUUUAACUGAUCCAUAAGUUGGAGAAUUUCAACAUGAUCUAUAAGGAACAGUAGAGUUGCCUAAUUUAUCAGGGGAAUUCAAACCAGAGAAACCAUUGUAUGUAGAUCAAACUCUGUAAAUUCCCUAUUAAAUUCCUUUCAAGAAUGAAUUAAUAGUUCGAGCAAGACAACAAAUCUAAUAGAUUAUGCAAUUGAAAUAGAAGAAUAAAUAAACAGGUUUAGAUAAAACUAUUUCCUAGAAUAAAUUAGUGUUUCCAGGCAGUAACGUUGAUUAAAUUACUUUUGAUUUAGAAGUAUUUCCUUAAACGUAAUAUCUAUAAGUUCCAUAAACAUUAACAGUAGUAGAUGCAAAUAAAAAGUAAGUUGAGCGUGGUACUGAUGGUAAAUUGCCGAUUACUUAUGCUUUUAAGAAUGCUACAAAAGAUUUCAGUGUUAUUUUGACCCUUAAAAAUAAGUUCGAUAUCAGAAGAUACAAGUUGUCAGCAUAAGUAUUGCCAAAAGUAGUCAAAGCCACUUUAGAAUUCAGAGUGCCUGCAAGACAACAAGUAGUUUAAGAAAUUCCAAUUGUAAAUAAUUCAGAUAAGGAUUGGAGCAUUAAAGUGUAGAUUACACAGAGUUAGGAUGGACUAUUUCAAUGUCCAAACAAGGAUUUUCCAGUGAAGAAGAAGUCUACAGGUUUAUUUCCAAUUACAUUUAAUCCUUUAUGGAUUGCAUAGUGUGAAGCAAAACUAGUUCUGAACAACCCAUCGACAAAUGAUGUUUUUGAAUACGAUUUGAUUGGUAUUGGAGAAGAACCAGUUGCUGAAGAGCAUAUCAUACUUAAUUGUUAAGCGAGGAAGUAAUUGAAGAGAGACAUUGAAAUUAAAAAUAAUUCUGAAAAUGUAAUCACUUACAAAGUUGAAACUGAUUUGAUUUAUGCUACAGGACCAUAAACAAUUACUGUACAACCAGGAAAGAAAGCUAUUUAUCAAAUAACAGUUUAGCCAGUUCUAUCUGGGUAAUACACUGGUUCAAUUACUUUCACAGAAGAAAAUGGAAGGUACUUGUGGUAUACUGUCUUUAUGAAUACUGAAUCUCCGAAAUCAGUUUAGACUUUAGAUUUAUCUUGUUUAAUUAGAUAAGCCACGGUAAUGCAAUUAACACUUGCUAAUCCCUUGCCUGAGACUGCAAUUUAUGAAGCCAUUAUCAAUGGAGAUGGUUUAGUAGGAGAAGAUUAAUUUGCGAUUGGAGCUAAUAAAGAAGGCAAUUAUGAAUUGACUUUUGCUCCCCUUAAAGUAGGUAGAUGGAGAGGUAGUGUGGCAUUUGUAAAUCGUUAAUUAGGUGAGGUUUGGUAUGAAUUCAUACUCACUUGUGAAGAGUAACCUCUAAUAAAAUUAAAUGUGUUGAAGGCAUCCCUUGGAAAAGUAGAGUCAUAGACUGUUAUUCUAGAAAAUCCAUCUGAUUAAAAGAUCAGUUUGUAGUAUAGAAUUUCUAACCCAACUAAUUUUGAUAUCUAUCCAGAUGAACUAAUUAUUCAGCCAUAUGACAUUUUAAAGGUUAGUAUUAGAUAUACUCCAUCAUCACUUGAUCAAAUCGAAUAAUCCGACAUUAUCUUUACCUCUCCUAUUGGCAAAUGGCAUUAUUUAAUAUUUGGUAAUGGUUUACCCCCAACCAAAUUUCCAGCUACAACCGUUAGUAUAGGAUUGAAUAAGGAUUACAGUUCAGUUGUACAUUUUAAGAAUCCUUUCAAAGAUCCCAUUACUGUAAAGAUUGAAUUGGAAGCAGAGGGACAUAAUAAGGACGUGUUUAAAUUGCUGACAAGCAAGAAUGAUAAAAUCCUUAUUCCAGGUAUGAAUGUAUUAUAAAUUCCCUUUUCAUUUGUUCCCAGAGAAAUCACUUGCUAUUAUGCUGAAAUAGUUAUCCAAAUGAAUGAAAAGAUUUCCUGGAACUUUCCUAUUAAAGGUGUAACAGAAAGUGUUUCAAAUCAAACUUUGUUUCAUUUCAAAGCUAAAUGUAGAGAAAAAUGGGAAGAUGAAAUUAAGAUUGGUCUUUAAGGAAUUGCUUAAAGUCUACAAGCUGAUGAUAAAUUCGAUUACGAAUUAUCAAAUAUACCAGUAGAUUUGUAACAAAUGAUCAACAAAUGCUUUAGUGUUAAAUGUACAAAAAAUUAUUUAAAUAAUCCUCACGAGAAUCUCCAAUUUGCAGUUCGAUUUCAACCAAUGAAGCCAUUUAAAUCUAGUCUUGAGUUUAUUGUACUUAGGCAAAGUGGAGGCAGAUGGAAAUACAAGAUUGUAUUAGAAGCUACUCAACCCGAUGAAGAUGAUGUCAUCAUAAUUAGUUCCCCUUUGAAUAAAACUACCAGCGUCUCCUUUAAAUUAACUAACAAAACCAAAGGAUAUGCUAAAUUCUAUGCUGGAUUCACUCCUGAUUCUGAUGCUGAGUUUUCAGUCAUACCUAAAAUUGGUGAUCUUGAACCUUAUGGAAGAGAGGGUACUACUUUUGUAAUUUCAUUUACUCCAAUAGAAUAUGGCAAAGUAAGAAAGGGAAAAUUAAUCAUUCAAACUGAAGAUAUGUAUUGGUCUUAUUUGAUUAAAGGCAUACUUCCCAAAUAUGUGCCACCGCAAAUCAAACAAUCCAAUAUAGACAAUCAUUAAAGUAUAUCACAGAUUUAGCAAUCAAGUAUUAUUGAUUAAUCCAAAAACUAUGUUGUUGAGAAUAUUAAAAAAGCAAGAUAACUUACUCCACCUACCUCAAAAAAAUAGAUGUUUUUAGAAGCCUCCUUUAUUAAAAAAUGA